CAGGAGAGGGUUGCCCACAGGUGAAUCUCCCUGCUUACUGCUGAAGCUGACCUUGCUCUGUCUCUUCUCUCUGCCCUAGGAGGUCGGCCACUAUAGAGAACAUUAUCCAGCUUGUAUCCUGGGUUCUGGCUGCAGGCUCCAGGAGAUUGGAGGUCGCUUCUGCAUCAAGCCAACUGCUUGCACUCGUACCUGCUGUCUCUAAGCAGAAUCAUCAUGCCUCGAGGUCAGAAGAGCAAGCUCCGAGCUCAAGAGAAACGCCGCCAGCUCCGCGGUGAAAGCCGGUUUCUGAAGACUGCCCAGGCUUCUGUGGCAACAGAAAAAGAUCCCGCAGCCUCUGCCAAGCCUCAAGUUGAAGAUUGGUCUGCCAAGACUCAGGUUGAAGAGCAAUCUGCCAAGCCUCAGGUUGAGGGUCAGUCUGCAAAGCAUCAGGUUGAGGAUCAGUCUGUCAAGCCUCAGGUUGAGAGUCAGUCUGCAAAGUGUCAGGUUGAAGAUCAGUCUGCCAAGCCUCUGGUUGAGAAUCAGUCUGCCAAGCCUCAGGCAGAGAAUCAGUCUGCCAAGCCUCAGGCUGAGGAUAGAUCUCAUAAUUUUCCUCCUAUUGGGACAUCUUGCGAGCAUAAGGUGCCUCAAGAAACCCCAGCUACCAUCGGUGCUGCGUCAGCCAUAGCAAAUGCUGAUUCAGAAGAAGGUGCCAAAAGUCAAGAUGUGGCACCCCCCAGAACGUCAAGUAUCCCUGAGCUCUGGCGCAGAGACCCAUUAAACAAGAAGGUGAUUUUGUUGGUGCAGUUCUUGCUGCAGAGGUAUCAAAAAAAAGAGCCAAUUACAAAGGCAGACAUGCUGAAGUUUGUCAUAAAAAAAUACAAGUAUCACUUCAACGAAAUCAUCAAGAGAGCCUCUGACCACAUGGAACUGGCCUUCGGUGUUGAUCUGAAGGAAGUGGAUCCCAUCAGGCACUGCUACACCCUUGUCAACAAACUGAACCUCUCCUCUGAUGGAACGAUGAAUGAUGAAGAGAACAUGCCCAAGACUGGCCUUCUUAUGAUUGUACUGGGUGUGAUCUUCAUGAAAGGCAACUGUGCCUCAGAGGAGGAGAUCUGGGAAGUGCUGAAUAUGAUGGGUGUGCAUGCUGACAGGAAGCACUUCAUCUAUGGAGAGCCCAGAAAGGUCAUCACUGAAGAUCUGGUGCAGCUCAACUACCUGGAAUACCGCCAGGUGCGCCACAGUGAGCCUCCCCGCUAUGAGUUCCUAUGGGGCCCCAAAGCCAAGGCUGAAACCAGCAAGAUGAGAGUCCUGGAGUUCUUGGCCAAAGUGCACGAUACAGUCCCCAGUGCCUUUCCAUUCUGGUAUGAAGAGGCUCUAAGAGAUGAAGAAGAGAGGGCCCAAGCCCGAGCUGCAGCCAGGGCUCGCACCACAGCCGUGGUCAGUGUACGUUUCAGAAAUGGCAACUUCUACCCUUAAGCAAGCUGCGCUUCAAUUUGGGGGAUGAAAAGGUUAUCUUGCAAAUACUGAUCUACGAGGCAAAUUGUUUUCUUUGUGGAAGAAAUGGGCAGUCAGCAUUAUAGGUAGUUAAUUUCUCUGGUGGGUGUAGAGAGAACAUAUCCAUCCUAUAUGCUAAAGUUGAAGUUGUAUCUUUCUCUCUUUCCUUUUGCUAAAUUUUUAAAGAUUGUUUAAGAGAAGGUUUUAAUCAUUUCAGAAUUUAAAGUUACUAACAUCUAUUGUGGGUCAGCCAGUAGGCUUAGGAUUAUGAGUUAAGCAACUGGGGAGGAGACCCAGUGGGUAGAGCAUAUGCUUUGCAUUCAUGACAGACUUGUUUUAACCCCUGGAAAUGAAUAUAAUCAGAGUGCUCUGGUGUCUUUGUAUCUCUCUUUUUCUAUCAUUAAGUAACUAAAUAUAUUAAAAGUAUUAGAGGGUUGAUUAUUUUGUAAAAUGCACUGAGGAAUCAUAUUUAGUGAAAUAGAACAACAAAAUGGCAUUGUAAUAGAAAUUUCUUUGUAAAUGUAAAAAAAUCUAACAUUAAAAUUAUUGGAAUAAAAAUAGAGGGUAAAUAAAUAUGUUCAUUUCUUGCUUUC